CAGAAUAUGCACCUAAAACUAAUUGAUGGGAAUCCAUCAUUGAGAGAGCGGAUCACGGUUGUCAAAGGUAAAGUUGAAGAAAUUGACUUACCUGAGAAAGCAGAUAUUCUCAUUUCUGAACCAAUGGGCACAUUGUUGGUCAAUGAAAGGAUGCUCGAGUCAUAUGUGAUUGCAAGAGAUAGGUUUCUUGUUUCAAAUGGGAAAAUGUUUCCUUCGAUUGGGAGGAUACACAUGGCCCCAUUUAGUGAUGAAUAUCUUUAUGUCGAAAUCGCAAAUAAGGCUCUUUUCUGGCUUUGGCAACAGAACUACUAUGGGGUUAAUCUUACAUCAUUAUAUGGAUCUGCUUCAGGAUAUUUUUCUCAGCCUGUGGUUGAUGCUUUUGAUCCAAGGUUACUGGUAUCUCAACCUACUUUCCACACACUGAACUUUACUAACAUGAAGGAAGAAGAACUAUAUGAAAUUGACAUCCCAUUGAAUUAUACAGCCACCGUUGGUACGAGGGUUCAUGGACUAGCUUGCUGGUUUGAUGUCUUGUUUGAUGGGAGUUCUGUUCAAAGAUGGCUUUCUACGGCACCAGGAUCCCCAACAACUCACUGGUAUCAAUUACGUUGUGUGCUCUCCCAACCUUUAUAUGUUAUGGCUGGGCAGGAAAUCACAGGACGGCUACUCCUGGUAGCUCAUAGUGCUCAGAGCUACACCAUUAACCUGACUAUGUCAGUCAAAAUGUGGGGGCCUGGAGCUGAACAAGGUGGUAUACUACAGACAUCUACUGGCAAGCUUGAUCUCAAAGAGCCAUACUAUCGAUUGUCCCAACCACAACCGUAUGCCUGGGCGCAAGAUCAACAACAGCCUCAGCAACAGAUUUCAUCUCUGGAUCUCUCUCCUCAAAUUCAGGAUGCUGUAGACCCAGCCUUAAUGCAACAAUCCUCACCAAAUUCGACCGCCUUAUGAAAGCCUUAUAAAACCCUUCAGAGGCAGGUGUAUUCAUCCUCUUCGCUCAAUUAUUUAUCGCAGCUCGUGUUUGUACAAUAGUGCGCUUCAUAAUGCCUUGACAAUGGAUACUCAGUUUUUUGAACCCCGCCAAAUGUGCAAUUGUGAAAUUAAUUUUACUCAUGAUCUGGGGGUUCUGAUAGCAGCAACUUAUGUGGUGUGCCUGUAUAAGACAUAAGCUGAGAAUAAUCAUUCACAAGAACAAAAAACUAGUUUGCAUUGACUCAAAAAGUAGUCUGGCAAAAGUUUCUUUUAUUCAUCUCUGCUUAACACUUGCUUGAUAGUCAAUGAAUGUGAGAUUUUGGGGUCUA